CUGUACUGUGCUGUGCUUCCUGCUCUGCUGCAUUCUGCAUUGCCUUUUUGCGCUCUGCCAUCUGCAACCGAUCCUGGGCUUGUCGAUUCUCAAGUCUCCCUUCCUCAGGUCUCGCUACUAAUCACACAAUCUGCGACAUUCUGCGCGCGCCUCACAUCUUGUUACGGACGACAACGCCAUCGACGGCGUUCCCGAUAACGUCUCACCUACCACCUAUAUCGUAGAACUUCCGCUCGCUUCUUCGGGACGCGUUUUAGCCCUUGCUUCUACAGCUUCCAUCUCGCCCACAGAACACCCACCCACCCUUCGUACCGAACCGGACGACUUCACUACCGCCGACCACCGUUCGCCGUAUCGAUCUCUUCGCCCUCGGACUAGGCAUCGGAUGAGACGAAGCUCAUCAUAUUGCCCCGACGUACGCACAUACACUUCGGCGGCAGCUUCGCAGAGUUCGCCCUUCGCUGUCUUUGCUUCCUGUGGCAUGAACUUCAAUCUUCUGCUUCAAUAAACGUUUGCGAGCCGAUCCAGCCAUUUCCACACACUUCUACCGACUCGCUCGUCUCAACUUUUUGGGUACCUCAUCUCGGAGAAUCUGUUUGGGGAAGCGCAAGGAAGAGGUGGACUAGAUCAUCGCAAAGACAGAAAACCCGUCGACUUGAGUUACGAUGCAGGCGCCGACCCCUUCUCAGCGCAUGCAACGGCGCUCCCCAGGUGCCGAACCUGGGCCGCCGCCCAACGUGCCCGUCCGGUCAAUAUCACCGGGUACCGGUAUGCAGCCGAGAGCUUCCAACGCCUCGAACCGAUCCGCCCCGCCAAAUGGGAUGCGGAGGUCAAAUAAUUCUACCAGCAGCAGCUCAGCCAUGCCCCUAUCGCAAAUCGAGAAGAGCGUUACUCACUUGCUAGUCGCAACCAAACAACUCCUGGAAACCCUAACACAAUGGUCGCGCGGCCAAGCUACUGAUGGUCAGGUUUCCGAUGUGUAUGUUAGACUAGGAUACGAGUUCAAUAUGGCAUGCCGAGCCUUCACUGCCAUCAACGUGGACACCUCCGACCUAGGCAACGUUCCCGAAUUGCUACGAAGUAUACUAGAGUCUACCUUGAGUCAAGAAGCGAGCACCGAAAGCCUGGAGAAAUACCUUCCACGGAUUCGAGAUAUCAUCAUCAACCUGCUACAUGGACUGAAGCGCAAACAGCAAAAGUUGCGGCAAAAACAACCACGAGACAGGGAAAGCGGGGGUACAGCUAAUGCGCCGGAGCGGACGACGAGCACGAGCACGAUUGGCAGUGGGAACACGGGGUUGACGAAUCUGUUGGAGGAGGGCAUUCAGAAUGGCUAUCGACCAGACGCUCAGAGGGAAUCCUCCCAAUCUGCCGGUGCCGCCCCGACAAGCACCUCUCCAAGCCGUCGACACCUGCCCCCGAGAGACCAGUCGCGAGGUUCCGUCAACUCGGAGCAGUCUUCCAUGUCUAGCACGACGAUGCAGAACAUACCCGUCAUGCCACCUUACCCGGGCGAUGAGGCGACGAUGCCCUCUGCGCCGUCUGGAGAAGUCAACGUUGACUCGUUCCCGCCGCCACCGCCUCCUCCAAAGCAGCAAUCAAGCGCAUUUGCGGCUUUGCAGAAGGGAGGCGAUCUGGAGAGAAGAGCUUCCCGGCGUUACUCGCAAUAUCAAAUAUCUAAACACCUAGGCAGCGCCAUGAAUGGCGUGCCAAUGCUGCCAUCACAAAACUCCCCGAUACCAAACCGUGGCAGGGGCGAAGUCCGGGAGUCUCUGCGUGCUGUUCAGACCCGAGAAACGCUCCGCCAAAACCGGGCCUCGAAGCAACCGCAACUAGAUACCUCUCCGGCACCGAGUCGUGCCGAGGCCGCAGCGGAGCUGUCGGCAGGCAGGCCCGAGAGUCCAACGAUACAAACGCCGGAAGACAAGUACCCUAAACCUAGCGCUACCCUGAAAGGCCCUAUGAGCGAUGAUCUCCCUAUCAUGUCACCCGACGACGAUGAUGGCAAGCCCGAUCCACCGCGUAAAGAUGAACCCAAGGUCCCAUCAGGGAUCAAGACCCCGGAGAAGAAGCGCGACGCCAGUUUUCUUCAUGAGCAGUCUCCGCCCUUGACCACAGAACUCACUUUGUUCCUGCAAUACAAGUCCAAAGUCAAGAAGUUUGUGCUACCUGAGGGGUACAGCGAGCUCUCGAUCGGACGCCUUCAACUGGCGUUUAUCGAAAAGUUCUCUUGGAACACACACUCCAAUGGUGCUGAUCUUCCAGAGAUAUACAUUCAAGACCCCGUAUCAGGGGUUAGGCACGAGCUCGAGGAUCUGUCAGAUAUCAAGGAUCGAACAGUGUUGGUUUUGAAUGUCGAGCCGCUCGAUGAAGUGAAGCGCCAUAUCGAUGAGGGCAUUGGACAACUGAAGAAGAUAGUACAGGAUGUGAAGCAGAACCAAGACGACCAAGGUCUGGCCCUCCAGCGAGUUUCAGAACGUCAGCAAGAAGCGGUUGCGGAGAUGGCUCGGCUUGCUGCCGCCCCUCCGGCGGUGUCUGCGCCUACUGAUGGAUCCAAGUCAGUAAGCCUUGCUGGCGGCCGUAAGCUCGCUUCUGGACACAUCACCGAGAUCCAGACUCUGCGCCGUGAUCUUGCUGUCAUGCGCCAGGCCUACUCCAGCUUCCAGUCGGAGAUCCAAGGCUCAAUGUCAGCCAUCCGCAGCAAGGCAAGCAAUGUCAAGGCGGCGGUGGUCAAGGCCUCGAUACCGACCAUUGAUGGCGAAACCGGCCACGCGUACGUUACCAAGGGUCGCGAGCAGCUCAACACGGAUUCCGAUCGGCUCGUCACUAAGGUCGACGACUUGCAAGAUUUGGUUGAGGACCUCCGUAAAGAUGUCGUUCUCCGUGGUGUGCGGCCCCUGCCUAGGCAACUGGAGACUGUCGCCAUGGAUAUUACGAAGCUUUCCAAGGAGCUCAAGAAGGUGGAGGAUUACAUGAAGGAAGAGAAGCCCAUAUGGACCAAGAUCUGGGAGAAGGAGCUUGAGGACGUGUGCAAGGGCCGUGAUGAGCUGCGCCUUAUGGAGGAUCUCAUGAUCGAUUUGCAGGAUGACCUGGAGAAGGCGUCCGAGACCUUUGCGCUCGUCGAGCAGGCUACCAAGGAGCAGCUGAAAGACAACGGGACGGGCGCCAGCGCCGGCAGCGCCCGCAACUUCUCCAAGGGCCUGAACGGCAUCGGCAACAGUCUCGACCCGAACGCGGCCAAGGAUGGUGUCCUCGGUGAGGUGAGAGCGCUCCAGCCCAACCACGAGAACCGCCUCGAGGCCAUCGAACGCGCGGAGAAGCUGCGGCAGAAGGAGCUCGAGGGCCGCAAGGGGAACGAGCUGCAGAGGGAGCUGUCCAACUUUGUCGAGGAAGGGAAGCUGAAGAAGUCUGGCGGCUUUGAGGAGGUGGAGCGGGCGAGGAAGGCCAAGGACGACAUGAUUCGGAGGCAGGUCUGGGAGAGGCAGAAUGGCAUCGUUGCGGAGGAGGGCGAAGGGGAGGAGGAAGAGGAGGUUGAAUACGAGGAGGUCGAGGAAGAGGAAGAGGAAGAGGAAGAGGAAGAGGAAGAGGAAGGAGAGGCGGGAGCGGAAGCUGGGGCGGCUGAGCCGGAGAAGGCUGCUGCUGCUGCUGCGCCGCCGGCGCCAUGAAGAGGAAGAAGCAGCGGGCAGUUGGUCUUUUUGUUAUAAAUGAAUGGUCAUACACAUGUGUUAUGGUGUCAAUGACCCCGUAUGGAGGAUAUGUCAAACACACUAUUGUUUCUUCUCGUCAUUCUAUUUUGGUGUUUCCCUUUUUCUGGCGAUGUUAUUACUCACUCUGGCCGUAUCUUCGCAUAGGCGGAGUUUGGGUUUUCUGCUGUUACCUUGUUUUCCAUAUUCUCUUUUUGCAUUAUAGGGGGUGCGAGUUGAAUACCUG